AUGGCAAACGGAACUCACCUCUCAGCCAGAGUUUCAAUUAAGAAGUAUACGAAACUUGGCUAUGCAGGAAAUACAGAACCUCAGUUCAUUAUCCCAUCAUGUAUUGCAAUCCGAGAAUCAGCCAAAGUAGGUGACCAGGCUCAGAGGAGGGUGAUGAAAGGCGUUGAUGAUCUGGACUUUUUCAUAGGAGAUGAAGCCAUAGAUAAACCUACCUAUGCUACAAAGUGGCCUAUACGACAUGGUAUUGUUGAAGACUGGGACCUCAUGGAGAGAUUCAUGGAGCAGGUCAUUUUUAAAUACCUACGAGCUGAACCUGAGGAUCACUAUUUUUUAAUGACAGAGCCUCCGCUGAACACACCAGAAAACAGAGAGUAUCUUGCAGAAAUCAUGUUCGAAUCAUUUAACAUACCAGGACUUUACAUUGCUGUUCAGGCAGUGUUGGCCUUAGCUGCCUCUUGGACGUCACGGCAGGUUGGAGAACGUACUUUGACUGGAAUUGUCAUCGAUAGUGGUGAUGGAGUGACCCACGUAAUUCCUGUGGCAGAAGGCUAUGUAAUUGGCAGUUGCAUCAAACAUAUUCCUAUUGCGGGUAGAGAUAUUACUUACUUUAUUCAACAACUCCUAAGGGAAAGGGAGGUGGGAAUUCCUCCUGAACAAUCUCUGGAGACAGCAAAAGCCAUAAAGGAGAAAUACUGUUACAUUUGCCCUGACAUAGUGAAAGAAUUUGCCAAGUACGACGGAGAUCCUCGAAAAUGGAUCAAACAGUAUACUGGCAUCAACGCAAUCAACAAAACCAAGUUUGUUAUAGAUGUCGGUUAUGAAAGGUUCCUUGGACCUGAAAUUUUCUUUCAUCCUGAGUUUGCUAAUCCAGAUUUUAUGGAAUCCAUUUCGGAUGUAGUUGAUGAAGUUAUACAGAACUGUCCCAUUGAUGUCCGGCGUCCAUUAUAUAAGAAUGUGGUCCUCUCGGGAGGAUCCACGAUGUUCAGGGACUUUGGACGACGACUGCAAAGGGAUUUGAAAAGAGUAGUGGAUGCGAGAUUGCGACUUAGUGAGGAACUCAGCGGUGGUAGGAUAAAACCCAAACCAGUUGAAGUUCAAGUGAUAACACAUCACAUGCAGCGUUACGCAGUUUGGUUUGGUGGUUCCAUGCUGGCUUCAACACCAGAGUUUUUCCAAGUAUGUCACACCAAGAAAGACUAUGAAGAGUAUGGUCCUAGUAUUUGUCGUCAUAAUCCUGUUUUUGGAGUCAUGUCGUAAUGCUCGUCUAAUGGCAACAAGACCUCUGAUAUCUUGCUGGUGAAGAAACUCCUGUAAAGCAGAGGAAGGCAGCAAAUACUGUAAAAACUGAAGCAAGGUGUGAUUAUCUCUUGGAAGCAUUUCGAUCACCACCGUGCACUGAGGCACAGCCCCAAGUCAUUUCAGUAAAAGCCAUUUCUCUGCUGACUUCUUUAAAGCCUAUCCUUCUUUCUUCCUAAAUGUGAGGUGAUUGAAAAUUGGUAAGUCCCAGUUUAGGAGGUUGUGCAAAUACUACUGAAACUGAAUCUAGAAGAAUGAGGCAGUGUUUUACUGCUUGU